AUGCGGCCAGAGUCCACACCGCUGGUGUCGACUGAGGCAUCUGCAGAGCACGCCGCAAUGGCGAGCAGGAGGAAGGCGCCAACGAAAAAGCGGAGAGAAGCCAUGGCUCUAGAUCGUGAACGACCAACGUGCAUUGAACACAGAGCACUCGCGUGGGAGGGAAUUUUUUUCUGGGAACAAUUGAAGCUGUACUGGUUGGAACUGACGGACAGAUCUGGUGUGGGUCAGGUAGAUUUAAUGGGGGAGAGGUCAACUGAGGCAGACACACUCGUCGUCGGUGUCGCGCAAUGCGGUAUUUGUGUCUUGCGGAUAAAGGGGGCACUAGCGAACGAGCUUGAUGAGUUUGUGUAA